AUUUUAACCCAAAAAAGGGAAAAAUGAAGGAGAUAUGGGUCGGGUCAGUUGGCCGGCAAAGAAAAGUAAAAAGCCCAAGCCUUUGGUUUUUGUUAUAACAGAUUUUAGGACGGAAGACAGAAGAACAUACAUAACAUUUUUUCUUUUAGCUCUUAGGUUUCUGUUUCUCUGCUGACUGCUCUCAUCGAAAUCAAACAGACAAGACCCUUGUCUAAUUAUGUCUGGCGAAGAGGAAGAAAACGCUGCGGAGCUCAAAAUUGGAGAAGAGUUUUUGAAGGCAAAAUGUUUGAUGAAUUGUGAAGUGGCUUUAAUUCUUGAGCAUAAGUAUGAGCAGCUUCAGCAAAUGUCUGAUGAUCCCAUGAAUCAGGUUUCCCAGGUAUUUGAGAAGUCACUGCAGUAUGUAAAGCGCUUUAGCCGUUACAAAAAUCCAGAUGCUGUUAGACAAGUUCGAGAAAUUCUGAGUAGAUAUCAGUUAGCUGAAUUUGAGCUUUGUGUUCUUGGCAACCUGUGUCCUGAAACUUUGGAGGAAGCAAUUGCUAUGGUGCCUUCCAUCAAGGUAUAAAAUGAUUAAAGGACGGGCUCACGAUGAUGAUGCCAUUGAGAGAAUGUUAAAUGACCUGUCUCUUAUAAAGAAAUUUGAAUAGUGGCCACUAAAUUUCUGGCUGCCCUUACUGACUGUAUUUGGACAGGCACAUGACCACUGAAGCCGUUAAGAGAAUGUUGAAUGUGCUGUCUCUAAUCAAGAAAUCUAUUUUGGGGCCAUUACAUUUUGACCUACCCAUGUCAAAGGUAUUUGAAAUUGUGGUGCAGUCAGUUUGGGAUUGACCUUGAAUCUUAGUAUGCCAAAUGGUUUAUGUUUUGUAAUUAUCUCAGUAAGGUAUGACAAAUGCAUUCUUGGAAAAAGGCUUUAGCCAUGCAUUCUGGUGACUUGUGCUGAUUUUACAAUGAUAUUUUUAUUAUUAGAUGGUUGUUCUUAAUGAGAAGUUUGCUUAUAA